UGGAAACAGCCGCGCGGUUUCAGAAACCAGCGCCUGCCUCUUCGCGACGUAAAGUGGCCGUGCCUUGAAUAUUUGGGGGGAUUGUGUGUUGUUCGGUAAGUCGCGGUCCUCUGUUGCAUUCGACUUGGAUUCAGCGCUAAUCGCGACGCUGCUGGGCACACAUGGCCCCCCCCCGAAGAUUCACCAUCAGGUGAUGGUGGAGGGCAGGCCGAAGUGGCGCAAGGCCAACCGCACGCAGAGAUCCAAGGACAACCUGACCGCCUCCCUGGACCAGAUCAUUCCGCUCCUGCAGGCUGAUUUCAAGAAGAAGACGGAGGCGCUGAAGAGGACUCUCCGGAGUUUCAAGGAGAAGCAGCAGGAGCUCGACUUCGCGAAGAAAGAAGCCACGCUCGCCAUGAAGGAUCUUCGCAAGGAGGCUGAGAAGCGCCGCAAGGUCAUCCUGGACAGGAAGAGGGCGAAGGAGGAUGAGCGUCUGGCCAAGAUUGAGGCCCAUCGCGCCGCCAAGGAGGCGAUGAUCAAGAAGGCGCAGAUGCUCAUGGGCGCGAAGGCAAACUCGGAGAUGUCGGGCAUGCUGGGCGAAGUCACCCUCGGUAUCAUGGUCGAGGUGAUGAUGGCCCUCCCCAAGGCCACGGAGAACCCGCUCUUCAUGAAGCGCAUCAACAAGGCCAAGGUCGAGAUCGCCAACACCGUGCAGGACUUCCUGAACAUCACCCGCCGCAAGACGGCGAAGUUCGCUCUGGCGAGUGGCAGGGCCUCCGACGUGGAGCUGUCAUUCUUGAUGACGCGCUACUUCCACGAGGCGUCCUUCCGCGUCAAGUCCAUGCACGCGGAUGCGCAGAAGCUCGCCAGGGACCUCAACGUCGUCAUGCCGAGGGAGCUGCGCCAGGCCUUCAUGCCCAUCAUCAAGCAGCUGCGCGAGCAGGCCGUCCCGCUGCGCGUGAACGCGAGCGCCCUGGCGGCCGCGUCCCAGGCCGACGCCUGCAACGAGAUCUCGGGGCUCAUGUCCAACAUCACAGACUACAACACGAAGCUUGCGACCAUGCACACAUCCCUGCACAACAUCUGGCAGAUGUCUGAGCUUAUGCUGCCGCACAUGAGCAAGAUCUACCCCAUGACCCCCGAGACGAUCGACCUCGUCAAGGACUUCAUGUCGCUCGCGACCACUCAGUGUGCUGGUCUGCAGGAGUCCGCGGACGAGAUCGUUACGCAGGUCGGUCCAGUCAUCAGCGAGCGCAUGCAGUGCACAUGGAGCGCAGCGAAGCCGCAGUUCGGUUUGGGUUUUGCCGCCGUGCUGGCUGCGCUUGCCGCCCACUUCUUCGCCUGAGGUUAGAGGGCACCUCCUCCACAGCAGAGCUGCUGACACCCGGAUGCAUUGCGAUUGUACCUCCUGCUCCGUAGCCCGCCGCCGCCUGCUUCUGAGGCCGCCGCUGCCACCGGUGCGGCUGCUGCGCUGCUGCGACUGCUGCGGCUGCUCCCUCGACUUCCUCCUCCCUCCAGGUCCCCCUCCCCUCCGAGGAGAGAAAGGGCGAGAGGAG